AUGCAGUCCGUAAUUCAAUGUCUGGCGUCGGAAGGCGGCACCAAGAGAGUGCUUGAACUGAUCAAGGAGGACUUCGCCAGUGCUUCUUCACGCAGUACAGUAGAUUCGAUCCUUUCACUUCUCAAAACCAUCACAUUCCCAAAAGUCCUUACGUCCGGCCUACUCGAGAAGGAUCUCGGUACUAUAUACAACGUGAUCUAUGGCCCAGGCGGAAGAUAUGCGCUCCAACUGUUCACUUUCAUUGGGACUCAACUCGGCUCCAUUGACGGAGAAGAGCUCGAGCCUGUUGUGGUGGCUUUUGCCAAGUUGUUUGAGUUCAACGAGAAUGCCAGCCUGGUUGAUGGGUUCAAAAAGUGUAUCAAGCAGUUUGAGGAAGCUCUUACUCGUAUGGAGGCUGAUAGUCAUGCCGAAACGUCAACGAGGAAGUGGCUGGAGCGUGCUCAAACUCGGCUUGGACUCAACAAGGCGCCAAUUUCAGACGUAACGAAUCUGAAAAGAACGCAUGUUCCUCGUGCGAAGUACAUAGUCCGGCAGGAUCCUCCAGGCAAUCUGCGCUCGGCUGGACCCCGUCAUAACAACGAUCACGAAGAUGUACGCCAUAUUCAGAUUUUGCCUACCUUCGAGGAAAUCAUGGCCAACAUUAGGCCAUAUCUUCCUACGAUCGAUGCAAACGACUGGCAUCUUCCUGGAAUCACGGGUUUGCUUGAUCGUCAAUUUCGCCUGUAUCGUGAAGACGUCGUUGGUCCCAUACGGCAGGCAAUCAAGGACCAGCUACAUACCCGAACGCAAGCCAGUCGCAUCCAACCUUCAUGUUCGGCCACUAGAACAGUCUCCUACACCAACCUAGCGUUCGAGCGAUUCUUUUGUAAUAGUUGGAACGGUCCUGUCUUGACCAUCACCUUCGACCAGCCUGCGGAUGUGAGGAGGUUCCGAAGCCACCUUGACCGUGCUGCAGCAUGGACUCGAUCCGGCCGCCUGCAGAAGGAUAAUCUUGUCUGCAUUCUCGAUCCUGCAGGGCGAGUAGUAUUCUGUACCGUUGCUGAAAUCAAAGACGACACGCCGAAGCGAAUCUCACCCUGGCAUCAUGACCUGGAGGAGGAUUUCGACGAUGAAGACAGCGACACUGAUGAGAUCCCCGCCCAUCAGGAUCUUAGCAACGACCAAUUGCGAGCUCGACUCACAAUCGCACCAAUGGAAAGAAAAGACCUGGAAACUAUUCUCGGAUAUUUUCAAGGUCAAGCUGCGUCUCGUAGAUUAAUCUUGGUCGAGUUUCCUAAGGUUCUAAUCGCCUCUUUCCAGCCUACUUUGCAGGCGCUUCAAUCAAUGAUCCAAAUGGGAGACGUACCAUUUUCGGGGCUAAUCGCCCCUUCAAUGGAUUCAUCGAGCCCAGUGAUCGUUGACACUCCCUUGUACGCCCGCGCGCGAGAUUUUCGGUACGAUCUAAACUCUAUAUGCUCGAAUGCCAGCAGCAUGCAUCUGUCCUUGAGAGAAAAAUUCGAUCUUAACGCCUUAAUCUCAAAUUCAACAUUGGACGCUAAACAAGCAGAAGCCCUCGUCCAUGCGCUUUCACGAUGCUUGGCCAUAUGUCAAGGGCCACCUGGGACCGGAAAGAGCUACACUGCUCUCCAACUAAUGAAGGUACUCCUCGCAAAUACGGAAGCCACGAACUCAAACAUAAUUCUUGUCGUAACAUACACCAAUCACGCCCUCGAUCAGAACAUGGAAAACUGUCUUGACAAUGGCAUCGACAAAAUUAUUCGUAUGGGAUCUCGCUCAAAAAGCGAAAGGCUUCAGGAAUUGAACCUUCGAAGCGCGAGCUCUUCGAGAGACUCGACUCACCCUGAACAGCGUGCGAAAUGGUCACGGCUGGAUGAACUGAAUCAUGCAGCGGCGUGUGUCAGCAGUGAUAUUAACGACUUCUUUUCUGCCGACAACCCCGAGACUCUGAAGGGGUACCUAUGCAAUGUUUACAACGAGCACUACACUCAAAUAUUCGGACCUGACGAAGAUGGAUUCGAAACGAUUGCGUACGGUACCGACUUCAUCUUCACCGCGUGGAAGGCUGGCCGAUUCGGUUCAAUCGUUCGCCACAAGUCGCGUAGUGUGGACGAACUCUUGGAGGAUGAAGUUAGUGUUCGUGAAAUGACAUCAGAUGAACGAGAUGCGCUCUAUGAGUUCUGGGUAAAAGACUGUGUGUGCAGGCGUCGAUAUGCAAUCUUUUCAGCCUUGGACUCUUUCUAUGAAUCGAAAAAGCUGUACGAGCAGGCAAGAUCAGAGGCCGAUCUAAGAUGUCUAGAAGAGGCCAGUGUUAUUGGUGUUACCACGUCCGGCUUGGCUAGGAACAUUAACUUAUUGAAGAGACUCCCAAUCAAGACUCUUCUGGUCGAAGAGGCCGGUGAGGUUCUAGAGGCGCACACCCUGGCAGCUUUAUUACCAUCUAUUGAGCAUGCUAUUCUCAUUGGAGAUCAUCUACAGCUGAGGCCUUCGGUAACUAACUAUGACCUAUCUUCUGAGAGCAAACUUGGCAAGCAAUACUCACUGGAUAUGUCCCUAUUCGAGCGGCUUGUAUGCCCACCCGAUGGGAUACCAGGUGUGCGGCUGCCUUUCAGUACACUGGAAACUCAACGUCGCAUGCACAAUUCAAUCUCUGAGUUGAUUCGGCGCACUAAAUAUCCACGACUUGAGGAUGCUCCAAAUGUUUUCGACUAUCCGGAGGUCGUAGGUAUGAAAAGGAGACUGUUUUGGCUUGAUCAUGACGCGAUUGAAGAUGGAGCAAAUGCCGAUGAGAUCGCCUCUACCUCGAAGUCGAAUAAGUAUGAAGUGGAAUUAGUGGCAUGCUUGGUAGCUCAUCUCCUUUCCCAGGGGGAGUACAAGCCUCAAGACAUUGCUGUUAUCACACCUUACCUGGGACAGCUAUUUCUUUUGCGAGCCCGACUUUCAAGCGAGUACGAGUUAGUCCUGGAUGGAAAGGAUGAAAAGCUGCUGAAAGAGAUGAACAAGGAUCAGGUGAAUAUCUUGAACAAGCUUGCUGGCAGUAAUAAAGCCAAUACAUCCCCAAUGAAGGCGACAUUGCUACACAGCUUGAAAGCGGCUACAGUGGACAACUUCCAGGGGGAAGAGGCGAAGGUGGUCAUAGUCUCACUAGUACGCAAUAAUCGGAACAGGAAUUGUGGCUUUUUAAGGACUCCGAAUCGUAUCAACGUUCUCCUAAGUCGUGCGAAGCACGGAAUGUAUAUCAUUGGAAACAGCGGCACCAGUGCAGGUGUUCCAAUGUGGUCCGACGUUUUGACUAUUUUAGAAGAGGGAGGAAACCUGAGCAAGAAGCUAGAUCUUUGCUGUCCGCGACACCCAGAUACCCUCAUACAGGUCUCAACGCCUGAGGACUUCUCGAGAUUGGCCCCGCAAGGAGGAUGUGAUCUGCCAUGCGACAGACGAUUGUCUUGUGGGCACAAAUGCUUAUCGAAAUGCCAUGCAGAUUUCCGCCACGACAAUUUCUUCUGUAGCGAGCCUUGCACUCGGCUCAAGAAAGGCUGUGAUCACUUGUGCAAGAAGAAGUGUGGUGAAAACUGCGGCAUUCGGUGCGAAGAGAAACUGGAGAACAUUAACUUCAAGCUUCCAUGCAGCCAUGUCUUGCGCACCCUCCAGUGCUGGGAAUACCAAGACAAAGAGUCUAUCAAAUGCCACGAGUGUGUCGACAAAGUCGUACCUGGAUGCAAGCAUGUCCUGCGAAGGAAGUGCACUGUCGAUGUCGGAUCAGACGACUUCCGAUGUGAUCAUGUUUGUGGUGGACAACUAGAAUGCGGGCAUAACUGCAAGUUUCUUUGUUACCAGUGCGCCAAUACACUGGUGAGCUUCGGAGAAAAGCAUGGCCAAUGCCAGAAUACCUGUCUUAGACCAUACACAAGUUGCAGCCACAAGUGCCGGGAGAACUGCCAUCCUGGAACACCAUGCCCACCAUGUAAAAGCCAGUGCGAUGUGGCAUGUAGCCAUUCAAGAUGCAAUCAGCUAUGCGGAGAGCCCUGCACGCCCUGCUCCGAGGAGACUUGUGCAAGUCAAUGUCCUCAUAGCCGAUGCACGAUGCCUUGCGCUGCGCCUUGCAAUUGGCUGCCCUGCUCCAAGCGUUGCUCGAAGAAGUUGGGAUGCGGUCAUCAAUGCCCCUCCGUCUGUGGAGAAUUCUGCCCUGUGUGGUGCCAGAAAUGUGCACCUGAGAGCAUCAAGAACACGGUAGUUGACUUCAUUGAGAUGAGAAGCUAUCAUGAAGUGGAUGUGGAUGUUGAUCCCGUCAUAAUCCCCACAUGUGGACAUCCGAUUAUAAUGAGCAAUCUGGAUAGCUCUUUGGGGAUGUCUUCUGUCUACACUAUGUCCGAUGACGGGAAAGUUCGAGGUAUCAAGCCAUCUGCCCCCUUCUCUGCGUCCGAUAUGAAAGACCUUCCAGGAUGCCCUACUUGUCGAGGGUCGCUCCGGGGCGUCAAUAGAUACGGCCGUCUUGUGCGCCGCGUCCUAUUAGAUGAAAGUACCAAGCGAUUCAUUUCGACCGCCGGUGAUCUGCUUGGGCCGUUGAUCGAGGAAUUUCACAAAGCCCAGCAGAAGCUAUCAACGAAGAGUUUGUGGCCUCGUAGCACGAUUCUCCCUCCUGAAUUCAAAUUGGAAGGUGAUCGGAACGAUCAACUCAGCGCAAUCUUCCAUUUAUUUGGAAAAUGGAAUCGGUAUUUCAAAAUACGAUCCGUUCGGCAAAAGAUUGUCGAAUGCUUCAGCAAGCUCAACAAGAACGAGACACCGUUCGCGAAGAUCUGGAAGUUGGCGGAGGUUUCUCGUAGAAGGACAGAUAAAACAGACAGGAUCGACAUGGAGAGCUCGGUGUGUCAAGUCACUUUCCACGUCAUGGCACUCUCGCUUUUAAUUCGUUGCGAUGUCACCAUCACCACGGACGUAUUCAAUGAACUGGAAAAGCAUCGACGCGGACCACUUCGGAUGAAAAUCAAAGCAGACUUUAAGGAGAACCGCAAAGAAUGUGUCGCAUUAGUAGAGGACGCACUGGUUGCCAAGGACUACGAACGAGCAGUAGAGGGGCAUGUAUUCUUUGCUCGUUACUGUGCACUGGAGAUCCCACAUACAACUUCGCCGAACCAGGCAAAGAAUCUCAAGGACGAGGGUGAAAAGCACUUGCAGCUUGCAGAGGAGUUGUGCAAGACACACGGUGGCAAGCUUUCGUCGCUUGCCUCUGAGAUCGAAGACGCAAGGCUCGGCCUGAAUGGGGGAUUCUUUAACCAGCCGGUGACAUCGGAGGAGCGACGUUCUGUCCUAGCAGCCAUGGCCAAGGAGUUUGGCAGUACGACUGGCCACUGGUACACAUGCGCCAAUGGACACCCUUUCAGCAUCGGAGAGUGUGGCAGGCCGAUGGAGCUUGCGCGCUGUCCUCAAUGUGACGCGCAGAUUGGGGGUCAAGAGCAUAUAACCACGGCAGGAGUCGAGCGCGCCACGGAUUUGGAGAUGGAUUUUGGACGGAUGGCGUUGUGA